CCGAGCGUGGCGCGGUGUUUGCUCGCGCCCGCGCGGCUGGGAAGGGUGGGCGGGAUGUCCCAAGCUGGUGGCGGUACGCGUGGUGAUGAUGCGGGGCAAGAAGAUGCUGCUGCUGCCGGCCCGUUCAGCUUCAGCCCGGAGCCCACGCUUGAGGACAUUCGACGCCUCCAUGCAGAGUUUGCUGCUGAGCGGGACUGGGAGCAGUUCCACCAGCCCCGGAACUUGCUCCUAGCCUUGGUGGGAGAAGUGGGCGAGCUGGCAGAACUCUUUCAGUGGAAGUCUGAUGCAGAGCCUGGUCCUCAAGCCUGGCCGCCAAAGGAACGAGCAGCCCUUCAAGAGGAGCUUAGUGACGUCCUCAUCUACCUGGUAGCAUUGGCAGCUCGUUGUCAUGUGGAUUUACCUCGAGCAGUGGUUUCCAAAAUGGACACCAACCGACGACGUUACCCAGUCCAUCUCUCCCGAGGUUCUGCCUGCAAGUACACAGACUUGCCCCGUGAGACCAUCUCAGAAAACCAGCCUGUGGGGGCUGCAGACCCUGCCUCUGAGUUGAAAAACUAGGCCUCUACCUAGAAAACGGUGUCUGAACAGCAGAGAUGGACUUGUUCUGGUCCAUUCAUACUAACUCAUGGGUCUGAGUGAGACCCAAGAGUCUCCAAAAGAUAGUCUACUGGUCUUUUCUCUCUCAAUAAAAUGAUUUAAGGCAACA